AUUUUAUUGUCCAAACUGCAAAGUGCAAGUGGAUGCAGUUUGUCCAUGUGUUUUGUGAAGAUCUCGGAAAGUUCAAAGCAACGCAAAGUGCCUCAGUGGAUACAAUCGAGGAGAAUGAGAAGAAGCAUAAAAGUGAAAUGGAGUUGUGCAGAGCAGCACAUGUAGUUGUCGCAGUUGGAUCACGGCUACAACAGAAGUACAGCAAAUGUCUUCCAGAUGUUAAGGUUGAGAGAAUCACUCCUGGGAUUUUGCAAAAGUUUUCCAACGAAUCAACGCAGCUGGUAAAAGACAAAGAGAUAAAGAAGUUUAGUGUUUUUAUGUUUGGACGGGCAAGCUUUGAAGAUCGAAUUCUGAAAGGUUAUGACAUUGUUGCAAAAGCCAUAGGAUCCCUUGGCAAAAUGUUUGAACUGACAUUUGUUGGUUCUUCUCCUGGUGAACACAGGAAAAUAGAACAGUGGUUUCUUGAAAACAAAAGCAUAAACCGUAACCAACUAACAAUCCGUAGUUAUUGCAGUGAGCAAGAGGAACUCAAAAUGAUGUUUCAUGAGUCUGAUGUUGUUGCAGUACCCUCACGUACUGAGGGGUUUGGGAUGGUUGCCCUGGAAGCAAUUUCUGCUGGUGUUCCUGUUCUUGUUGCCGGAGAAUCUGGAAUAGCUGAGGCUUUACAAGAAUUAGAAGUUGGGAAGUCUGUCAUUGUUGAAUCAGAUGAUGCUGCAGAGUGGGCACGAAGGAUCCAACAACUGUCCAGCCAAAGUCCAGAAGAAAGAGAGAACAACGCCAAGCUGCUCAGAGACAGCUACGAUCAAACUUACCCGUGGAACAAUGAAUGUGAGAAAUUCAAAAGGAUGAGUCAGGGUUUAGCAGAAAGUUUAAAAGCUUUGAAAAUAGGAAUUGAUGUGGAAACCAUGAAACCUGCGGAACACAACACAGAGACUAGAAAUCCUCUUUCAGCAAUAAAAUCAAAAUGGUGGGUACCAGGGUACUUCUGGAGUACUUCUGCAGUACCUGAGUCAUCAGGAGCUCCCCAAGCAAACAAUGUCAUUCAGCCUGAGGCACAGACAGUCUUGGCUCAAAUUGCUUCAAAGUACUUGGAGGCUGCGCCACCAAGUUGCAAGGAUGACCUUGAUGACUUUAUGACAUUCAUGGGAAACAUGCGAUUCAUUAUCACUGGUAUUGCUAUGGGAAGUUUGCUGAUAACAGUGAGGUGUGAUUCACUCCCAAUCCUGGAGAGAUUGUGGGAAGAUUAUUCUUCAGGUCAUCUUGGUGAUGUGGUUCAAAUGUGUUUCGUUACAGAAUAGAUCUUGACAGAAUUGAGCCUUGCAGAGUUGAAGCUUAAAACAACAAUCUCAAAAGACGAGUAUGAAGCAUGCAAAAUACACUUUGGAAAAGGUCCAGCUCAAGGACUGAAGCUUUUCGUCAAAACAGCGACCAAAAAGACCACAAUCACAUUGAGUGCUUUUCCAGAUGAUUCUGUCCAGGGUGUAAAGAAGAAAAUAAUGGAUGAGGUGGGAAUACCAGGCAAUCAGCAACGGCUU